CAAAACGAUUGUAGUGCACGUAUGUGCACAAAACGUUAAACAAAUUCGGUUCGCGUUAUAUGAUUUUCGAAUCUUGGCAACACUAAAUUUAUUGAUCAAACAUUUGGAUUCUUGUUCGUUUCAAAUGAGUGCCGUACUCGUACCAAAGUCAUCACCGGAGGACGCUUUCUAUGAAAAUUUAACACUAAAUCUGAAGAAAGUACUGAACAACAUUCCGAGAAUAACAAAUGUUACACUGGAGAAGAGACAACCAUGUGAACGAGCCACUGUUGCUACGUGGGAACAACGGCACAAUGUUUACUUACCGGAUGAUAUGAAACGUUUCUACUUAUCGACGGAUGGAUUUUUGUUGCAUUGGUCGUACCAGUAUUCACCUGAAGAUACCAGGCGAGUGGGAUUUUUAUCGAUUCCACAUCUGUUGCAAAUAAAUUUAUUACGAGAAAAUGUCGAACCAACGGUGACUUCUUCACCGCCUGCACCGUAUCUGAAGCAUGGACAAGACGUUUCUGCAAGUCAACCGAAUUUGAAUCUUCGAUCGAAGAUUUUCGAACUGAGCAAUAUUUGCGAUACCGCUAAGAUUUGCAUAAUUUACGAGACGCCGGAGACAGCAAACCCGAAAAUUUUCCUCCUGGAAACCCUGUCUCACAAAUGGCAUUUUCUGGCCGACAGUUUCACCGAAUACCAACGCAUGUCGAUAGCUCAUUUGGGACUGCCGUACUGGGAAUUAUGCUUUUCAACUUGCGGACUACCGUCCUGGGCCGAGCAAUUGUAUCUGCUAUUAGCACCACACCUUCUGGAAAAAAAUGAACCUCGUCGGAGUCGAACAUUGCUAGCCAGUCAUGAACAGCCACCGUACAAUCAACUUGAUCCGUCAAUAUUUCGAUUAAAGCCGAAAUGUGUUCGACCGAAUCAAAAACCGAAAUGAUUCGCCGAACGUGAACCGUUUGCACUGAGAAUCAAUUCGGGGACGCCCCGACGACUAAACUACAGCAAAAAUUAAAAGCCCAAAUCAUCGGUGAAAAUCAAA